UUUUGGAUUAGCGAUUAAGGAACCAAGAGGUAGCGAGCAGAGUCUUCCUGGUCGUCCCAAAGGCCUAAAAGACUCUUCGGCGAUUAAUUUCAUUUCCAAAUUUGGAAUCGGUUGCCAUGCGUCCACAUGCUGUCUUUCCUGCUGAUAUUGGUGUUCACUGUACCGAUGAGGAGCUCUGUAUGUUUUUACAGAAACUUGUGUGUGAAUCACUACUCCCAAAAAAUGUGAUCAAUGGUGUAAACCCUUACCAAUACCUGCCCUCAAAUUUACCACCUGGUUAUUUUUGGUACUUGAUUCGCUCUAAUGAGAGCAAAGAUACAAAUCUCGGAUACUGGAAGCCAACAGAGGAGGCAUCUAAAAUAUUCUCAAACUCAAUUAUCACUGGUUGGAGAACAACUUUUGAAUUUUUUGAAGGCCGAGCAUCUCAUGAACAUAAAACCAAUUGGUUAAUGCAAGAAUACAGGAUAACUUACCAAAAAGUUUCCGAAAAUAGCAAGAAAAAGGAAGCCAAUUUGCUUUGCAGAGUCCAAUCUGUUGGUGCUGAACCAAAAUCAAACUUAGUGAACCCUGACAAAAUUGUUACUUCUGAUAUUGCUAAGCGCUGCCCAGAAGCUGUUGUUCCACUUGCCGAGAAACAUGCUGGAUAUGCUUCCACAAGCAAGCCUCAGGUGAUCAAGGAUAAUGAAACAGGAACAUUGACUGUUACAGAAAGGCUUCCAGAUCAUCAAGUAGAAAUCAUGCCCGAGAUUGAGAUAGAUUUUCCUUUUGGAGAUGACUACAUAGAAUUGCUGGAUCUUGACAGACCGGCAUCAUUUUCUUCUAGUUCAAAUUCAAGCUGUUUGACAAUGUCAUCAGAUGAAUGCUUUGAUUCACUUGCUUUGUUGGAAGAACUAGAACCCAAGACUAGUCAAGAGCAGGUGAAUACGAAGGCAAACUGCAAAUUGAGUAUUGCAGUACCUCAAAAACCAGAUGAAUUGGUUUUGUAUGCAGCAGCCUCUUCCUCUGGAUCUUUGAACAAAUCUCCAAAUGAGGAAAAGGCCAAAAGUCGUUCUUCUAAUAUCUCCAAUUCAGUAGUCUGCGUUAAGAGUAAAGAAAAUACUACAAAGAAACUGAGCAGAAAUCAAAAGCCAGACCCAAGGAAUGAAGAUUUCUCGAAUUCACAUACGACAACACCUCAAGGAGGAAAGAAGUCUACUGUUGUUAAACCCAAGAAGCUGAAGAAAAGUUACCUUUGCUUCUUGCCAUGUUAAUUCUUAAUCCUAAUGUUGUUGCUCUAUGAUGUAGUUAUUAUUGUAUCGGGGAAAUUAUGAUCUAAUUGUUGUUGUAUCAAGGGAAUUAGUGGGUGAGGUUCGGGAUUUAGGAAGGACGGGUAGGACACUAAU